CGGCGCGUGCUCGUCGGUCGGAGUGAAAGUUGUCUCCGGUCGGAGCAGCAGCGGUACUCGGUCUCUCGGUCGGUCCCUCGCGCUGCCGGGAGUCGGUGUUUCGCUCCGCCGCAGCGGCUCGUUACCGGAAGUAUGAGGCGGAAGGAGAAGAGGCUGCUGCAGUUCGCGGGGCUGCUCGUGGCCGCGGUCCUCUUCCUGCCGAACGUCGGGCUGUGGUCUCUGUACCGGGAGCGCGUGCUGGAAAACUCCGCGGACGCGGCGGACGGUCCGGGCGUCUUCUCCACCAAGCAGGGGCUCCACCAGAAGGUCGCUCAGGUGGGAUCGGACGGCGUGAGGCGGCUCGACUGGCACGACUACAAAGCCAUGAGGAGGGACGCUGCUCGUGUCGGAAACGGAGAGCAGGGGAAGCCCUUCCCUCUGACGGAGACGGACCGGGUCGAUCAGGCCUACAGGGAGAACGGCUUCAACAUUUACGUCAGCAACCGGAUCUCUCUGAACCGCUCGCUGCCCGACAUCCGCCACGAAAACUGCAGGCAGAAGCUGUACGCCGAGAAGCUUCCCAACACCAGCAUCAUCAUCCCCUUCCACAACGAGGGCUGGUCCUCCCUGCUCAGGACCGUCCACAGCAUCAUCAACCGCUCGCCGCCGCCGCUGGUCGCCGAGAUCAUCCUGGUGGACGACUUCAGUGACAAAGAACACCUGAAGGGGGCGCUGGAGGAGUACAUGAAGCGCUUUCCGAAGGUUCGCAUCCUGAGGACCAAGAAGAGGGAGGGGCUCAUAAGGACUCGCCUGCUGGGCGCUGGCGCCGCCAAAGGAGAGGUCAUCACCUUCCUGGACUCUCACUGCGAGGCCAACGUCAACUGGCUGCCCCCCCUGCUGGAUCGGAUUGUCCAGAACAAGAAGACCAUCGUCUGCCCCAUGAUCGACGUCAUCGACCACGACAACUUCGGCUACGACACGCAGGCGGGGGACGCCAUGAGGGGGGCGUUCGACUGGGAGAUGUACUACAAACGGAUCCCCAUCCCUGCUGAGAUGAAGACGGACGACCCGACGGAACCGUUUGAGUCGCCUGUGAUGGCCGGCGGGCUGUUCGCCGUGGACAGGAAGUGGUUCUGGGAGCUGGGGGGUUACGACACGGGUCUGGAGAUCUGGGGAGGAGAACAGUACGAGAUCUCCUUCAAGGUGUGGAUGUGCGGUGGUCGCAUGGAGGACAUCCCCUGCUCCAGGGUGGGACACAUCUACCGGAAGUACGUCCCCUACAAGGUUCCUGGUGGGAUCAGCCUGGCGAAGAACCUGAAGCGCGUGGCGGAGGUGUGGAUGGACGAGUACGCCGAGUACGUCUACCAGCGCCGGCCCGAGUACCGCCACCUGUCUGCGGGAGACAUGACUGCGCAGAAGGAGCUGCGCAGCCGCCUCAACUGCAAGAACUUCAGGUGGUUCAUGAAGGAGGUGGCCUGGGACCUGCCCAAACACUACCCCCCGGUGGAGCCGCCUGCAGCCGCCUGGGGAGAGAUCCGUAACGUGGCCAGCGGCAUGUGCAUGGAGAUCAGACACUUUGUGUCCGGGAGUCCCAUCCGGAUGGAGAGCUGCGUGAAAGGACGAGGGGAAGUCAGCUGGAGCCACGGACAGGUGCUGACGUUGGGUUGGAGGGAGGACAUCCGGGUGGGCGACCCCAUGCACACGAGGAAGGUCUGCUUCGACGCCGUCUCCCACAGCAGCCCCGUCACGCUGUACGACUGCCACGGCAUGAAGGGGAACCAGCUGUGGCGCUACCGGAAGGAUAAGAGUCUGUUCCACCCGGUCAGCAACAGCUGCAUCGACAGCAGCCCCAGCGAGCGCCGCGUCUUCAUGAACGCCUGUGACCCCGCCUCCCUGAGCCAGCAGUGGCUGUUCGAGCGGACCAACGACACCGUGCUGGAGCGCUUCAACCGAGGCGCCAACUGAAGACCACGACGGGAGACGGGAUCUUCCCAGGAACCAACCAGGAACCAGGAUCACCUUGGAUCUCAUAAAGCAGCUUCCUGAGUAAAGUGCUGCUGUGCAAACAUCUGAUCCGGUCCGCCAGCUGAGAGCUGAGGCGCCGUUUGGACCAGCAGCAUCCCGAGUCCAAUCCUACCACUCCAGUCUGACGGAGGAGGAGGCGGAGAACGACGGACGAGUGACCCACCUGAAGGUUUUAGAGCUCUUGGAGAGCUGAGCGUGUGUUCUUCAUCAUCCUGCACUGACGUGAGGAGGAAGCAGCAGAAACGGCUCUGAUUCAUCCACAGUUCACGUUUCCUGACGCUCUGCAGGAGAAACGAGUCUUUCUGUGCUGAUCUCAGCUGAUCUCAGCUGAUCUCAGCUGAUCCUCUGGACGGAAGAAGAGAGGAAAACGAGGAAGAGCGAAGGAGGAAGAAAGCAGCUUCUAAGCCUGUUCUGACCCGUCAGACCAGAACCACAGAGAUGUUUUUGAUUUGACUUGAUGCAUUUCACCAGCAGAAGCACGGUGACAUCAGUGUCCCAGAAGACUUCAGACAUGCAUGAUGAGGUCUGUUUGGUUUGUGGUGUACUCCAUCUGAUCUGAUUUUUUAGGAGAAAUGAGUCUUUAUGGAUUAAGACUUUCAAAAUAAAAGACUGAACCACACAGAUGCUGCAGCCAAAGAGCGAAACGUCUGCAUGGAUGUGAUGUUUGUGUUGACAAAUAAAUGUGUUCAGAUGAUGAUGCAUCUGGGGGUGGAGCUUCUGUGUUACUGAUGGAGGGGCUGAAACAGUUUCUCUCAACAACAAACCCCUGAUGACAUUCGACUUGUAAAAAGUUGAGAAAAAACCUGUUUUCUUAUUCGGCCACAGCCGGACAUUCAGAUCAGACCUGAUCGAAACGUUUUGAGCUGCUGAUGAUUCAAUCUGCUGGCGUCCUGAAAGCUCAGAGACGUUUCAUCUGGAGCGCCGGCAUGAAGAUGAAGAGGCAGGAAGAACGGCAAAAACAGGAGUUUCAUUUCAUACCAAACCCCAGACUUUUCAUGAUGAGGUUUAGAAACAUCAAGAAGCACGAAACGGAAACAUGCAGCAGGAGGAACAGAAAACACUCCAGGAAUUCUUCUACGACAGAGAAAAUGUCUUUAGUGUCUUCAGAUUUCAGCUUCAUGUAAUCUGACUUUCAUGAAAACACUUCCUGACGUGGACGUCAGCCUGAUAACGUUUCUCUUUAGACUCGUUCUGUGCUGCUGGUUGUUGAUCACACUGCAGGUAAAUCCAAACUCAAAGUUCAGGAUCGGAUUUUCUCUUUUCAGACUCUGGUUUUUAUUAGAAGCAAACAUUUAUCAACAGACGAUGAUGAAUCCUUUUAGUUCGUAUCUUCUGAUAAAAGUUUGAAUCCUCCAUGAUGAAGUCAUGGAGUUCUGCAGGGCUCUAUGCUGGGACCACCUCUGAUCGCCU